GAAGAUGCGCGGGCCGAGGGAAUACUGAACAAGAGAAGCUGAAGUAAGGGGAGAACUUCCGGUGUUGAGCAAGCGGAUGAGAGCGUACGCAUGCGCGUGAGCCGGUGAGUUAGUUAAGCACCAGCUCCCUCCCACGAUAGAUUCAGAGGCAUUGUAGAAAGUGGAGAGAGAAGACAGAGCGCUAAGGAAGCGAGGGAGGUAACUUCCGGUGUAGAGGGGAGGACGGCGCAUGCGUGCGCCCGCGAGCAGCCGACGACUGGCCACUCCAGAACGAGGCUGAGUUUGUGCCGAGUAGAAAGAGUCGGGUACCUCAGUCAGUCUGGCAGUCAGUGAAGGGAGCGAGCUGGGGCUGCGGGCGGCCACGCAACUUCCGCUUUUCCUCCGAUUAUCGCAGCCCGAGACUGACCGACUGGGACAGGCUGAGGAGGCAAUAAACUGAAAGGAAAAGGUCCAGCGGCUGCGCUGAGUGAAGAGGCACCGUUGGUGUCACUGGUUGCCGCAGGCCCGGCCGGACCGGGACGGCGGAGGGUGGAACGACGUAGGGGACCCGGCAGGAACCGGACCGGCACCCGUAGCCUGAGGAGCGGCCGCGCCGAGCUCCAUGAAUGGAAAUCAGCAGCGCAGGACCCGUUGGGGCUCAGCCCCUGCUGAUGGUGCCCAGAAGGCCUGGCUAUGGUACCAUGGGAAAAUCCAUUAAACUGCUGGCCAACUGCUUCCAAGUUGAAAUCCCAAAGAUUGACGUCUACCUCUAUGAGGUGGAUAUUAAGCCAGAUAAGUGUCCUCGGAGGGUGAACAGGGAGGUGGUAGAUUCAAUGGUGCAGCAUUUUAAAGUGACAAUAUUUGGGGACCGUAGACCUGUUUAUGAUGGUAAAAGAAGUCUUUAUACAGCCAAUCCACUCCCUGUGGCAACAACUGGGGUUGAUUUGGAUGUAACAUUGCCUGGAGAAGGUGGGAAAGAUCGUCCCUUCAAGGUGUCAAUAAAGUUUGUUUCCCGGGUGAGCUGGCACUUGCUGCAUGAGGUUCUGACAGGACGAACGUUGCCCGAACCUCUGGAAUUAGACAAGCCAAUCAGCACUAACCCUGUUCAUGCUGUUGAUGUGGUGCUACGACACUUACCCUCCAUGAAGUAUACACCUGUAGGUCGCUCCUUUUUCUCUGCUCCAGAAGGUUACGAUCAUCCCUUGGGAGGUGGCAGGGAAGUAUGGUUUGGAUUCCAUCAGUCUGUUCGGCCUGCCAUGUGGAAGAUGAUGCUAAAUAUUGAUGUUUCUGCCACCGCCUUCUACAAAGCACAACCUGUAAUUCAGUUUAUGUGUGAAGUUCUUGAUAUUCACAACAUUGACGAACAACCACGGCCUCUGACUGAUUCUCACCGGGUAAAAUUCACCAAAGAGAUAAAGGGUCUGAAGGUUGAAGUGACUCAUUGUGGAACAAUGAGACGAAAGUACCGUGUCUGUAAUGUCACACGGAGACCUGCCAGUCAUCAAACUUUCCCAUUGCAGUUAGAAAAUGGCCAGACUGUGGAGAGAACAGUAGCACAGUACUUCAGAGAAAAGUACAACCUGCAGCUGAAAUACCCUCAUCUUCCUUGUCUACAAGUGGGACAGGAGCAGAAACACACGUACCUGCCUCUUGAAGUUUGUAACAUCGUGGCAGGCCAGCGAUGUAUCAAGAAGCUAACAGACAAUCAAACAUCAACCAUGAUAAAAGCAACAGCAAGAUCUGCCCCAGAUAGACAAGAAGAAAUCAGCAGGCUGGUGAGAAGUGCAAAUUAUGAUGCUGACCCAUUUGUUCAGGAAUUUCAGUUUAAAGUCCGUGAUGAGAUGGCUCAUGUGACGGGACGUGUGCUCCCAGCUCCCAUGCUGCAGUAUGGAGGGCGGAAUCGAACCGUUGCAACACCAAGCCAUGGUGUGUGGGAUAUGCGAGGGAAACAGUUUCAUACUGGUGUGGAAAUCAAGAUGUGGGCCAUUGCUUGCUUUGCAACGCAGAGGCAGUGUCGUGAAGAAAUACUCAAAGGUUUUACAGACCAGCUGCGCAAAAUCUCCAAGGAUGCGGGAAUGCCAAUCCAGGGCCAACCAUGCUUCUGUAAAUAUGCACAAGGUGCCGACAGUGUGGAGCCCAUGUUCCGACAUCUUAAAAACACAUAUUCAGGGCUCCAGCUCAUCAUAGUCAUCCUCCCAGGGAAGACACCAGUGUAUGCGGAGGUGAAGCGUGUGGGAGACACCCUUUUGGGGAUGGCCACGCAGUGUGUUCAAGUCAAGAAUGUCAUAAAAACAUCUCCUCAAACUCUCUCUAACUUGUGCCUAAAGAUUAAUGUAAAACUUGGAGGAAUCAACAACAUCCUUGUACCUCAUCAACGACCUUCUGUGUUCCAUCAACCAGUGAUCUUCUUGGGAGCAGAUGUUACUCAUCCACCUGCUGGGGAUGGAAAGAAGCCAUCUAUCGCUGCUGUUGUAGGUAGCAUGGAUGCCCAUCCAAGCAGGUACUGUGCCACAGUGAGAGUUCAAAAACCCCGCCAGGAGAUCAUCCAAGACUUGGCCUCCAUGGUUCGAGAACUUCUCAUCCAGUUCUACAAGUCAACACGCUUCAAGCCAACACGAAUAAUUUUCUACCGUGAUGGGGUGUCGGAAGGGCAGUUUCGACAGGUGUUGUACUAUGAGCUGCUAGCAAUUAGAGAGGCCUGUAUCAGUCUCGAAAAGGAUUACCAGCCUGGCAUAACAUAUAUUGUUGUUCAGAAGAGACAUCAUACAAGGCUAUUCUGUGCAGAUAGAACAGAAAGGGUUGGAAGAAGUGGGAACAUCCCAGCUGGAACAACUGUAGAUACGGACAUUACGCAUCCUUAUGAAUUUGAUUUUUACCUCUGUAGCCAUGCAGGAAUACAGGGUACCAGCCGUCCCUCACAUUAUCAUGUACUGUGGGAUGAUAACUGUUUUACUGCAGAUGAGCUUCAGCUUCUAACGUACCAGCUCUGCCACACCUAUGUGCGCUGCACACGAUCUGUAUCUAUACCAGCACCAGCGUAUUAUGCUCACCUGGUAGCAUUCAGAGCAAGAUAUCACCUUGUAGACAAAGAACAUGACAGUGCUGAAGGAAGCCAUGUUUCAGGACAGAGCAAUGGGAGAGAUCCCCAAGCCCUUGCGAAGGCUGUACAAAUUCACCAAGACACCUUACGCACCAUGUACUUUGCUUAGCUAUAACAAAAAUUGAUGCGAACGGAGCCUCUUGACAAAAGGAAGAACUGCAGAAUUAAGCCACAUACAGUGUAUGUUUCCAGAGGGGUCAGUUCAUGGGGAAGGGGGAUACCUCUGCCACUGCAGAAGCUGAUCCUUUGGGGGGGGGUUGUGGGCCUUAUCCUUGUUUUGACACAAGGAAGAUUGUUUACUUCACCGAGAACACGGCACUUAUUAUGCAAUAUGAAACCAGCCAACUGCUUUUGAAGCAGCCUCCAUUGGGAAGUGCUGCCGUCAUUAUCGUCUUUUCCUUUGUGUGUGUUUUUUCUUGUAGUCUAACCCUUUUUUUAUGCCUUUACCUCAAGUUGCUCAGCAGCACAACUCUUUCUGCAAAAAAGAAACAAUUAUUAUGGUAUUAAAACUUAAAGGAGCAAUCAAGGUGGCUGUUGGGGUGGGGAACUGAAGUAGGGAGAAAGAGCAAAAAUGUAUUUAUCCCUUUGUACUCUUGUGGGGGUUGCAUAUGACUCCUCCCUCAGUGGCUCUCAGCACUUGACUGUGACCAUAUCAAGUGUGUAUACGACUGAGCAGCCCCAGCAUAGAAUAUGUUGUGGGAAAGGCUGUGGGUAUUGUGCACAUGCAGAUCCACCAAUCCCAAUGUGGGUUUAGCCAACUGCUGUGUUUUGUGUCUGUCUUUAUUGCUUGGAGUUGCUCAGCUCAAGUCGAUUUCUGUACCAUAACUAAAUUAACAAUGUACUUUUAUGCUGGCAGUAGUGAUACAACCUAAUGAGAUUAAUGAAGCUGCUGCUUUCUUCUUGUCCAGAAGUUUCAGCUAAUUUUCCAUCUUGUGUGCCAUGUGUGUACCUUCUGGACUUCUUCUCCUCCUCCCCUGUUUUACAGGGUCACCUGUAAUCUGCUCAAGUACGGACACUAAGAGUUGAGGUCUCUUUUCAAAAGUUGACUUGCUGCCUCUCACUUUAAUGUGAUUGCAUAUAUAUAUAUAUAUAUAUAUAUAUAUAUGUGUGUGUGUGUGUGUGUGUGUAUAUAUACACACAUGUACUUUGAGGUUUAGCUUCCUCUUUUCUUUUAUAUUUAUUAGCGUAAUAAUAAUAAUGCUUUAAUUUAAGUCGUGUAUUGGCAACAUUGGUUUUAAUGUUUAGAAACAUAACUAUUUUGUUUAAGAGAACUGACAACAUUUUGCUAUCUUUUAGUGCAAUAAGCCUUUGCAAAGGAAAACAAUCUGUCCAUUUUUGCUGUGCACAAACAACAGCAUUUUGCACCAUGACUAGUGUGGGAAUGGACAUGUCCAUGCACUUAAAAGGACAAAGUUAGCCUUAAUUUUGAAAGGAAAGUCUUGUAACAGGGAGGAGUCCCUUUUUUAAUACAAAAAGGCAAACCCUUUCAUGCUGCUAGCAGACUGCAAGCUUUAAUACUGUCUAGUAAUGCAGGAUUUUUGCUGUGCUGCACUUUGGGGUUGGGAGGCAUGGUUUUCCUAGCACAGAAGAAAUUCUCUGAAUUUAGCUCUGUCCGAAUGAAAUCGGGCAAAAGUCUAAAAGAGGCAUGAAGGUUUUUAAAAAAACAAUUUUUGAUUAUGUAGACUUUCCUUUUGAAACUGAGUGCUUCAUUUAAUUUUUUGAAUAAAGCUAUAGAGGGCUGGAAUACACUUUAAGUGACGUCACUGAAAUGUGAAUCAGAUGGAUGGGCCUCUUUUUUCAUUCCACUUUAAAGCUGAAGCAAAGUAUUUUACAAGAUGUUGAAGGUGAGCGUUUUAACUCAGUAGCAGUGAUUCAGGGGCGUUUUGCACUUUGUAAACACAUGAACUGCAUUUUUGACUGUUUUAUUUGCACUGAUUUUAUAGUAUAUAUGCAUAGAUAUAUACUGCAGAUGGUUCAUAUGGGCAUUGCUAGUAAACCAGCCCUACUGAAACAAGCAAACCUUUCUCCACAUGAAAACCAUUUCAUUGGUUGAAGUAUCUUGCUUACUUUGUGCUGUAUUCAAAGUGACCCACAAUAUUUGCCAAUUUACUGUAUUUUCAGCUGAAAAAUCUGAGCCCUUUUGCUCCAAUAGACCUGAACCUUUGCUAUUUCUUCUCUCUCUACCCCACCAGAAAAGCUAAGUACUGUGGUUUGAAUGCUUUCUUGUGCAGGCAUAUGCUGCUGCUAAUGGUGUCUCAACAGUGCUUUACUGCACUGUUCUUCAACCUUGGGUCCCCAGAAGUUGUUGAACUGCAACUCCCAUCACCGUAGCCAUUGGUUAAGUUGGCUGGGGUUAAUGGGAGUUGUCAUCCAACAUCUGGAGACCCAAAACUUUACUGCACUUGUGAUCUAGUGAUAUUGACGCCCAGUUUCAGCAAAAUGGUACAAUGCACAUUUAACCUGUUAGGGGCAAGAAUCAAAGUGCACUUGAAAUAAUUGUGAUGGGAAGCAGCUUGCCUUUUGCAGGGGAUAGGAAAGGAGUGCGCACUAAGGUGAAACCAAAAGAGCUCUUGUUGAAUUGAGUCACAAGUGGAUGUUUUUAUGCUCUAGUUUCAGGAAGUGUCCUAGUUGGGGAUACUUCACACACUGCACUUAUCUUUGACUUCCUAGCAUGAAAUGACUGCAGGGAGUUCAGUACAGAUAAUAGCCUGCUUAGGCCAGGAUGUGGCCAAUGGGGUCAGACUUCACCAUCACCCUGCCUAAAGAGAACAUGCACCACUUGCUGUCAAGGCAGCCUAUUAAACCUCGCUGGAGCUUUAGAUCAAGUUUUACAGUUCUAAUAUGAUUACAACAUGUCUUCACAAAUGCUAACAUUAAGGUCUUUCUCGUCCAAGGAGUUCCACUUUAAAAAGCUCCAGUAGGAAUUCUUAUUCAGUGCUUUGUAAUUUGAGUUUUUAAAUGUAAAUUGUGGAAUGUUGGGGCUUCUGCCCUUUUUUAAAACAAAACAAAACUGACCUUUUAGCUGUUUAUACCAAGAUGCACUAUAAUAUUUAUUUCAUGACCUGUCCUGCACCCAAGAACGAUGUCUCCUAAUGCCUUGUGUUCUCUUAUGUUGCAGUCACCUCCCUCAUCCUCACAAAGUGAAACUGGUUUAAAUCCCAUCGGAGAAGCACCUUUAAAAUGUGUAUACUGUGCUAGUGCAGUUGGUUUUCAUGUGGAGAGGGGCUGGUAAAAACAAACCUGAAUAUAUUUUGAUUUUGAAGCUGUCUUUGUCAAGUGCCGACAAAAUUUGUAAUAUAAUGGCCCAGUUUUGCACCUAAUGCUAAGCCACAGUUUAACAAACCACAAGUGAACCAGAGAUUGUCUCACAGAUGAUCAAACAAACCAUGACUUGUUUCUCCAAAGUUGGGUUGCUUUUGGUUUGUGCCUUUGUAGCUUAGUGUCAGUGGGUUGAGGUGGCCAAACAAACCAUGGUUAAGGAAGGGUUUAGGCAUAACCACAAGCCAUAGUAAAAACAAGCCAAGGUUCAUAAGCCAACAAUGAACCAUGACUUCAGGUUGUGGUUUAGCACUAAACAAACCAUAGUUAAGCUGCUGGUAAGGCUUGGAUGAUUAAAUAAACCACGGCUUAGUAUACUAUGUGUGAGCCAGCCAGGCCAGUAUCAAUGUACUGGCAUUGGGAUCCAAACUUAAUACCAUACUGUAGCUGCUAUAUUUAUUUAAAUAGAAGUGGACAAUUACUGCACUAGGGAAUGAGGGCAGGUGAGCAGGAAUCCAAGCUUGUGUGGUACUCUGGUUUUUGUUACUGUUUCAAAAGCAGUUUUAACUGUGUAAUAUAACAAAGGGUGCUGUCUUAAACGAAGAUUAAAAUAGCCAGAAAUUCUUCCUUUGUUUUAAAAAGACUUAAGAUAUAUUUUGAUGUUUGCAGUGGAUGGGGGGAGGUGGGAAUGGGAGGAAAUAAAUGGUACCUCAUCUGUGAUGGCAGUUUCCAGUAUAUUUUUCACAGGAUUAUAUGAACUUUUAUUUUUGUACAUGCUCUUUGGUUUUUUGUAAAAAAAAAUGUCUUGAAUUUUAAUGUGGUUUCAUGGAAAUCUCUGCCUGUAAAGCUGAGACAGCUGUCUGUUAAGCCUAUAUAAGUACAGAAGUGUAGGUUUGACAGUCUGUCUCCUGCGUCCCAGCUUGGCCUUGUUCUUAGUAUGCCUAUUCCUGCCUAGGAUGGUUGCUCUAACUAACAUUGUUUUCUCUUGUCCUCGAUCCCACUUGUACUUGGAGGUGUCACUGUCGGUGUCCUCCCUCUUCUUUCCUUGCCCCCCAGAUGCUUGAGAGGUGCUUGGAGGAGCCUAGAGUUAUAUCCACCACAAAAUGGAGGCAGUGCAUUUAUAAACUCACAUAGCCUUCACCAGCUUGGUGCCCUCCAGAAUGUUUGGACUACAUCUCUCAUCAGCACCAAGUUGAGUAAGCCUGAACUAACAAAUUGUGCUCCUCUGUAGGCGGUGGCUUUCCUUUUGUGCCAUUGGGCUUGCUCUGUGUUGGGUCCAAUCCUCAUUAAUUUCAGCUUGAUAGGUGCAAGGAGUGAUUCUUCCCACAACCUUAAGAAUAGCAGGCCAGCAGCAGAAAGGAAAACUAAUGAGAGUCCUACUGGCCAAGCUUGUUCAUCUCAGCAACAGCUGCUAAGAGGUGCAUGAUUAAAAGACAUCAGUCCUAAAGAUUCAUUCUGUUGGAUCUUUCAGACGUGUGUAGUUGUAUUUUUAAAAAAUCUCAGGAGCACAAGGUGAAUAAUGUUAAAGACAGCAGCAAUAGUGUAUCCCAAAGCCUCAUUUUGGGGGAUUUCUGCAAGUCUGUAUUCCUAAAAGCUGAAAGUUGAUCUGCUUGGAGCUGUCCUUUGACCUUGUGUGUAUCUCUGUGCAAAGUCUUGUGUUUAGAAAUAAGACACUGAGUAGACUUCAUAACCUCCUUUGUAACCUGCCUGCUGUACUUUUCUGCUAGUUCUUUUUGAUGAUGGCAACACCCCCUGACUCUCAGAUUUUUCCACUUGUUAGACAAGGUGCUUCACGUAAUGAAAUAUUUUAUGUGGUAUGAGCUGGUAGGAAAUCGAUUUCCAAAUUGAUGGAAACCUGAUCCAAGAUCCACCAAGUACCUUCCUUUUUCCUUUCUGUUUUUUUUUCAAUUAAUUUUUAUUCUAAUUUUCAAAACCAAAAUAAUACAAAAAGAAAACAACACAAAUCAAUAACUAAUACAAUACAAAAAAAAUACAUAUAUAUAAAAAUAUUGACUUCCGAUUUGCCAUAGUUCAGCUAUAAAUCUAUAAUAUAUAACAAACCUAUCUCUUAAUAGAUUAUAAAAUCACCUUCCUCCAGCAGUUAUCUUAGUUGGUUUCAAAUCUCAUUAACAUAUCAUUUUAAUCUUCCACAAAAAGUCAAAGAGAAGUUUCCAAUCCUUGAGAUAUAUAUCAAUUUUUUUCUAAAUAAACAUGCCAAUUAAUCCAGCUCAUCAAAUCUACUAAAUCCAGUAAUUUCAAAACACUAUAAUUCAACUAUAAAUCUAUAAUAUAUAACAGACCUAUCUCUUAAUAGAUUAUAAAAUCACCUUCCUCCAGCAGUUAUCUUAGUUGGUUUCAAAUCUCAUUAACAUCAUA